UUCUUCUCCCCGAAGAAAAGUUAUUUUUUAGAGAUACAGGCUUAAAAAUCCAUAGAUGAAGUGCUAUGUCUGGCAUUUGCUUCCUUGGGGUGGUUAGAGCUGUACUAUAGACAGUUAAGAUUGCCAAAAUACCAGUAAUUGUUAAAGGUCGUUAAUGAGUUAGGUAAUUACUCUGUUCUUGUAUAUGUUGAAGUUUUCCAAAGGUCUUUUUCAAAAAGACUCCUUUAGGAGAGCGCAAUAUUCCAAGUUCAAAGAAAAGGCCAUAGCAUGCACCCAGAAAGAGUGAAGUAUUCCUGUUUGGAAGGCGGGGGCUUUCUCUUUUAUCUCCCACACCUGAAUCAAGGCUGUUAAACAGGUGUUCCUAAGUGUCUCGGGGAGAUAAAAGUCUGAACUACAUGAAAUUGUAUGUAGAACCCAGGUGUGCCAGAAGCUUUAAUUAGCAGGCUCCUCUAAUAUCCCAUCAGCUGCUGUCUGUUCUCUACCUACCUCACUCCUUCCCAAGAGUCUCCGCGCACAUCCAAGAUGGUGGGUCAGGACCGUGAAACAGGUCAGCUCCCCCUCCCAGAGCGUGCGCAGGCGCCGGGAUACGCAGGCGCAUUCCAGCUUCCCUCAAGACCUUGGCGGGUCGCGCCUGCGCGGUAGGGAGCAGCUCGCGGCUCCGGCUCUGCCUUGGGCCGGCUGCAGUCUGAGUCUGAGGGUGGCUGAAGUGGUUGGCUCGUUUAAGAUGAGGCUUCUGCUACUUCUCCUGGUGGCGGCGUCGGCGGUGGUCCGGAGCGAUGCCUCGGCCAACCUGGGUGGCGUGCCUGGCAAGAGGUUAAAGAUGCAGUACGCCACGGGGCCGCUGCUCAAGUUCCAGAUUUGUGUUUCCUGAGGUUAUAGGCGGGUGUUUGAGGAGUACAUGCGGGUUAUUAGCCAGCGGUACCCAGACAUCCGCAUUGAAGGAGAGAAUUACCUCCCUCAACCAAUAUAUAGACACAUAGCAUCUUUCCUGUCAGUCUUCAAGCUAGUGUUAAUAGGCUUAAUAAUUGUUGGCAAGGAUCCUUUUGCUUUCUUUGGCAUGCAAGCGCCUAGCAUCUGGCAGUGGGGCCAAGAAAACAAGGUCUAUGCAUGUAUGAUGGUCUUUUUCUUGAGUAACAUGAUUGAGAACCAGUGUAUGUCAACAGGUGCAUUUGAGAUAACUUUGAAUGAUGUACCUGUGUGGUCUAAGCUGGAAUCUGGUCACCUUCCAUCCAUGCAACAGCUUGUUCAAAUUCUUGACAAUGAAAUGAAGCUCAAUGUGCAUAUGGAUUCCAUCCCACACCAUCGAUCAUAGCCCCACCUAUCAGCACUGAAAACUCUUUUACAUUAAGGGAUUUUUGCAAGAGCAGCGUGACUGACAUUAUGAAGGCCUGUACUGAAGACAGCAAGCUGUUAGUACAGACCAGAUGUUUUCUUGGCAGGCUCGUUGUACCUCUUGGAAAACCUCAAUGCAAGGCAGUUUUUCAGUGCUGGCACAUUUUGGAAUUCUGCACAUUCGUGGAGUGCAAUAAUACUGUAUAGUUUUUUUUUUCUUCCCCAAGUCCACUUGGUUAAUAGUUUAAAAAAAAAAAUGCAGACAUUACUACUUGCACUUCUUUUUUCUCGGUCAUAUUUGAAAAAGUAGAAAAUUGAGUUGCAAUUUGAUUUUUUUUUUUCAAAGAUGUCUGUUAAGUCUGUUGUGAUUUUAUACGAAUUUUCCUUUUUUAUAGUUUAAAAUUGAUCCUUUUGGGACUAGAGCUGAAGUUCCCAAAUAAUUUAUAAGAGUUUAUCAGACAUCUCUAAUUUGGUCAUGUCCAAUUUAUAUAGUUUUCAAAAUAUUGCAGAUUGUGAACAGCACAUUAUAUAAGAUUAUGGGGGGAAAUCCUAUAUCCAGAGUACUCUACCAAUUUGUGUAUGUGUGUGUGUGCGUGUGUGAUUACCAGAGAACUACUAAAAGACCAACCACUUUUUAAAUCCUGUUAAUGUAGUUCAAGUGUCCUGCCUUGACCAAUUUAAUGAGUUGAUUAACUGGGCCUUUAUACUUAACUCAAUAAAAAACUAAGCAGAUGUAAGUUAAAUAAAAAGUUUGAGUUUA